GCCUUUAACGCCCGCGUACAGUAGACAGUAUAGUGGAGUGUAGGGAAACUCUAGGCGGGGUUAAAGUUCAGCGCGUGGAGCGGCAAGAGCGCUGGCUGCUGCAGUUGAGCCGAGUUGGAAAUGUGAACGCAAGAAGCAGGCUUGAUUUUUUUUUCCUCCCCCCCCAUCUCCUAGCUCUCUCCUCUCUCUCUCUCUCCCUCUCGCACCCACACUCACGCACACCUCCAGCCCGCACACAGACGUGCACGCACCCCCCGCCGCCCGGCAGUUAUGUAUUCUCCGCUCUGUCUCACCCAGGAUGAGUUUCAUCCUUUCAUUGAAGCACUUCUGCCCCAUGUCCGCGCCUUCGCCUACACAUGGUUCAACCUGCAGGCCCGAAAGCGAAAAUACUUCAAAAAACAUGAGAAGCGCAUGUCGAAAGAAGAGGAGAGGGCCGUGAAGGAUGAACUGCUAAGUGAGAAGCCUGAGGUCAAGCAGAAGUGGGCUUCCCGACUUCUGGCCAAGUUACGGAAAGAUAUCCGACCCGAGUACCGAGAGGAUUUUGUUCUUACAGUUACAGGGAAAAAACCUCCAUGCUGUGUUCUUUCCAACCCAGACCAGAAAGGCAAGAUGCGGAGAAUUGACUGCCUCCGCCAAGCAGAUAAAGUAUGGAGGUUGGACCUCGUCAUGGUGAUCUUGUUCAAAGGUAUUCCGCUGGAAAGUACUGAUGGCGAGCGCCUUGUAAAGUCUCCACAGUGCUCUAAUCCAGGGCUCUGUGUCCAGCCCCAUCACAUAGGGGUUUCUGUAAAGGAACUCGAUUUAUAUUUGGCAUACUUUGUACAUGCAGCAGAUUCAAGUCAAUCUGAAAGUCCCAGCCAGCCAAGUGACGCUGACAUUAAGGACCAGCCAGAAAAUGGACAUUUGGGCUUCCAGGACAGCUUUGUCACAUCAGGUGUUUUCAGUGUGACUGAGCUAGUAAGAGUGUCACAAACACCAAUAGCUGCAGGAACCGGCCCCAAUUUUUCUCUCUCUGAUUUGGAAAGUUCUUCAUACUACAGCAUGAGUCCAGGAGCAAUGAGGAGGUCUCUACCCAGUACAUCCUCUACCAGCUCUACGAAGCGCCUCAAGUCUGUGGAGGAUGAAAUGGAUAGUCCUGGUGAAGAACCAUUUUACACAGGCCAAGGGCGCUCCCCAGGGAGUGGCAGUCAGUCCAGCGGAUGGCAUGAAGUAGAGCCAGGCAUGCCUUCUCCAACCACACUGAAGAAGUCUGAGAAGUCUGGUUUCAGCAGCCCCUCCCCUUCGCAGACCUCCUCCCUGGGAACAGCAUUCACACAGCAUCACCGACCUGUCAUUACAGGACCCAGAGCAAGUCCGCAUGCGACGCCAUCCACUCUCCACUUUCCAACUUCACCCAUCAUCCAGCAGCCUGGGCCUUACUUCUCACACCCAGCCAUCCGUUACCACCCUCAGGAGACGCUGAAAGAGUUUGUCCAACUUGUCUGCCCUGAUGCUGGCCAGCAAGCUGGACAGGUGGGGUUCCUCAAUCCCAAUGGAAGCAGUCAAGGCAAGGUGCACAACCCAUUCCUCCCCACCCCAAUGUUGCCGCCGCCACCGCCACCACCGAUGGCCAGGCCUGUGCCUCUGCCCAUGCCAGACACCAAGCCUCCAACCACAUCAACAGAAGGAGGUGCAGCCUCCCCCACCUCACCGACCUACUCGACACCCAGCACCUCCCCCGCAAACCGAUUCGUCAGUGUUGGACCACGGGAUCCAAGCUUUGUAAAUAUCCCUCAACAGACACAGUCCUGGUACCUGGGAUAAAAGUUGCAGCGUCCCACCAUCCUCCAGACAGACCACCUGACCCCUUCUCAACUCUGUAACAUGGACGCAACCUCAACCCGGCGCAGUUACAACUUCACUGUCAGUGGAAGGGGAGAGAAACCAACUCGAAUCAACUUGUACAUGGAAACAGCAAGCAACGUGGUCAAACAGCAAAGGCCAUAACUUUUCGGGAUUCUUUUUUCUUUCUUUUUUUUUUUUUAAUACUUUAGGGACUGUCGUAAUUUCUCAUAUGGUGCUGGAAAUGGCUGGGCUGUGUGACAUUCGAAGUGUUUCAGUGGUGGUGUGAGCAGUAGCUGACAUGGCUGGUAGAGGAGGAGCCUUGCUCACGGACUUCCUGUUGUAACACUUAUGAGCCUGGCCUUUUCACAGUAUUUCAUGAAUUUGCCCAUGCAGGUGUGUGACCCUCCCUGAGCAUUUGGAGACACCUGAAGAAUGAAAUCUUUUGUAGUAGCUGAGAUCUGUGAUCUGUAACUUACAGGACACUCAAAAGGGCAAUGUUUUUGGGUUUUUUUUUUCUGUAACAUAUUAGAAAAAGAAAAUGCAGUUAAGUUGAUCUUUCUUUUAGUUUGGUUUGGUUCAGCAGUCAGCAGUUGCAUACAUAACACAACCCGCAAGGACAGUGAAUCCACUCCUGUUGCAGAACAAUUCCAAAAAGACGGCAAAGACUACUACUAUCAGUUUGAUUUUUUUUUUGUUUUGUUUUGAAAUGCUGCACUUACAUUUAAAAACAAACAUUUUUCAACAAUUUCAACAAUGACACAAAAAUUCACAUGGAAAUGGGGAAGAUGGUCUGUUUUGACAGAAACUGACAGGAAUCAGAACAAUCGAAUUUUGAAUUGAGUGAAGUGCAAUUUCAUUGGAUAGCUAAGUAUCUUUGUAAGAUAGAGAUUGUUGAAAAUUCUAUUUUUGUUUUUCAAGUCCUCCACCCCAGGACUCUAAAUUAUUGGGGUAAAAAACAGCCUUGCAAGAAAAAGGGGAGCUAUUUUUGCUUUUUAUGUUUUUUAUUGUUAAACUUGUAUCCCUUUAAAAAAAAACGAAGGAAAAUUAAAAAAAACAAAAAAACAAAAAAAAUUACAAAUCUAAUGGUGCUUUUACCACAAUAUGUUAACUACAUUAAAUGCUAAUUAAUUAUUUUCUGUUAUCAAAGCACAUAACUCAAAUGAAAUCAUGGUAUCUGUUAAUUUUAUAAGCUAGAAAUCACUAUAAUGAAUUAUGCCAAUUCUGGAAAAUUUUACACAUGUAUGACAACACCAGAUCUAUCGGUUCUCAAACGCCUCAUUGUACCAGACAUUGUCCAGAACUUUCAAAGACCCUUUGCAAACCCUGAACUGGGCUACGGGAAAAUAAUACGAACACUGAUAAGGACACAACUGUGUGUGCCCAUUCAGAUCAAAGUACUUGUUAGGGAAAACAAAAAAACAAAAAACAAAAAAAAAAACCAACAAAAAAAAAGUUCACCCCCCCCCAGAUGUCUUGUAUCUUAUGUUUAAGGAAAAAAAAAAGGCAAAAAAAAAGACAAAAAAAAGGAAAAAAAAAGCAGAAACAAAUAAACAAACAAAAAAAAAUGCAAGUGAUUUUUCUACCAGACAGCGAAGCACCCCCUUGCUUCCCAUGCAACUUCUCGGUUUCCUAUACUAUACAUAUAUAUGUGUUCUGGUCGGCAGGGCCUGCGGACCAGAGGAAGUCUCUGCAUGUUCUAGUGUUAGUAACUAAUUUUUAUAUAGCUAAUGUAGGAUAAAGUAGAGUGCAUUAAGACAAUAUUGUAACCCACUCUAGGCACUUGCCUUUAAACUGUCUCAGCCCUUCAGAAGGGCUCAACUACUGUCCUAUACAAUCAAGUGACUGAAAUUCCUGGGAAGACACUUUGCUCCUCAUCUAAUCCCCUCCCCCACCCCCAAACGAUAUUGUUUUGUUUUUAUUUUUUUCCUUAAUUUGCACGAAAACAGAAAUUCCAUAUCAAUGUGCCUUGCCCUGGAUAGUGAUUAUUUGUGGAAUUGUUGCACAUGCUCCUCAAUUGAAGGGGUUUCCCUACUCAUGCAUUCGGAGACACUUUUUGUAAAUGUUAACUUUUAUGUCAGCCAUCGUCAGUUUCAACAUCUAGACCUAAAUAGAAAGUUAGCUGUUCCGCAGACAGGCGCAGUCUUGAUUGUCCUGUGUGGUCAGUGGCAGUGCUAUUCUGAGCUCUGUAGAUGCUUACAACGUCAGUAUUUGGAUGUCGCUGCAUUUUUUUUUUCAAUUUAUUUGGAGUCUUCCUUUAUCCCCAUCACCCCCCACCAGAUAUAUGAAAAUAUGCAAUACCUGCUUAUAUCAUGUAGAAAAGCUUAGCAAGUAUUAAUUUUUCUUCCUUCCUUUCUUUCUCUCUUUCUUUUCUUUCUUUCUUUCUUUCUUUUUUUUUUAUUUGACCAAAGUCAGUGCUGCACACGACGCAGUGGGUUUUAGGUGUCUGUCUUUGUAUUUUCUGUGGUUUUUGAUGCACGUGCGCAGGAAGGGCUCCUCUUAGAGAAGCAGCCAAACUGUGAAGCACUAAGCUGACCCUGCUUCAAGCAAUUUUGUUUUUACAACUGUUCCUUUCACAAGCAAGCCUUAAAAAAUAAAAAUUAAAAAAAAAGACAACUUCCUUUCUCCUCAGCCCCACACCCACUUUUCUUAGCAGACGGCAGUCAAUCCACACUCAAUAAAAAGUACAUAAUGCCCAUUUUUAUAUGCACGUUUUUAAACUUCCAAGUUCUGAAAAUUGUUUACUGGUUAUCUCUAUUUAAGGAAAAAAAAUAAAAUAAAACAUUUUGGAUUUUCAUAUGUGUCUGAUAAGUGGUUGUAUAGUCGUUUGGCGCUGUUGUAUGGUGUGAUUGUCAGUGUACGGUGUCACUUCUAUAGCCAGCAGCAGACUUUGCCUUCCCUAUAGCACUUAGCUGGGCAUUACUUUAUUAUGACAUAUGUGCACUAAAAAAAAAAAGAAAGAAAAAAAAGAAAGAAAAACUAGCAGCUUUCAGUGCUUCACAGUGAAGGGAAAAAGCCUAGACAAACAUUUUGUCAGAACCUUGCAAAAUGCCAAGGUAUUACCAGUAAAUUGGUUGUAUAUACAAUAAAAUUGCACCCUUUUUUUAAACAAAACAAACUAAGCAAUAGUUUGGGCAGUUCUAGUUGUUUUUAGUGAGCAUGUUGUAGUCUCGACUGCAAAGAGAGAGAAUAAAACUGCCCACUCAGAAGAUACAUAAUUUGUAUCGUUGUAUAGUUUUAUUGAGUACACUGAUUUAUUCUACCCUAUUUUAUAAUGCAGGACUUUUGUAAUGUUGUCUAAAUGAGGAAAAAUUUCUGUCGAAUUAGCCUAGUGAAAUUUCCGAUUGUUCAUUACGAAGGCAGCGUUCAGAACAUUGCUUCUUGUCUCUUUUGCACCUCCUUUGGGAACUGGAUUAAGUUUAAAACUUUCCCGUUUCCUUUUCGUUUGGUUGUUUUGGGUUUUUUAUUUUUAAGUAUUUAAAUGCAAUUAUUUUUCUGCCAAUGGUAUAGCAUAUUCCUACGCUUGAGAAGUGUAGGUCUACUGAAAAACCAUUGCAAAUGGACAUGACAGGUGUGCUGUACUUUUGAAGGUAUUUUGUUGUAUUAGGUUUAAUGAAGCUAAAAUAGGGAACUCUGAACAGAUUUACAGAAAAAAAAAUGUUUUUAAAGGCUCUCAAUUGUGGAGGCAGCACAGGGUGAUAGCAAACAAGGGUUAAGAAGUAAAUACACCGAGUUCUGUUCUGUUCAUGCUUCAUUGUCAUGUUUCAGCAGGAAACUAUAAUUCGGUUGUCAUCAAGCAGGAAAAGCUGAAAUACCGACCAAUGCAUUUUAGGUUAAGAGCUGAGCCAAGGUGCUUGAGGAAGACUUUGCUACAAGAGUGUAGAGACAGACAGUCCCAAGAGCUAGCAGCAUUCGAAGGCCCAGACUUGAUUCUGAGACAUGUUGGAUUUUUUUUCUCCCUCUCCCAUCAAAUGGCAUUAACGCAAUUGGGAAAGAUGGUCCCUCAAAUGACUCCCCCCAUUUUUGUCUCUGGGAACUGAAGUCAGAGGCACAAAGACUAACUCUCACCAUUUUCCAAUAAAUGUUCUCCCUUGGCCCCUUUCCUGGCCACCACAAAGCUCCUUUUCUAAACUGUCCUGGGCAGAAGUCUUCUCUGGUGCCAUUCUUCCUAUCCUCCAGCCCUUCUCUUCCCAAUAAGGUUAUGUCUCUUCACUGCCUGGCAUGACAUCUCUAAGCUCACUCCCCACACAGGGCCACCACCACCCAGAAGGGCUCCCACAGGCCCUCCAGCCUCAAUUCUCCAAGCCUCCUUCCCUUUUCCUUUCCCAACAGUCCAAGAGCGCAGGAUCCAAAUUUCUAGUCACGCUGUGCUAUAUUCAGUCAGCCCACAAGAAUAUGCAAACUCUAUCUCAAAAAUAUUGUCUUUUACCUUCCCAAAUCUUUAUCCUCGUGUGCUUCAACCUUUGUAGCAACAAUAUUAUGAGGUAUUUGCAAAGGAAAACAUUUUCUCUGGUGAUUUGUUUUUUGUUGUUGUUACUGUUGUUGGGUUGGGGUUUUUUUUGUUUGUUUGUUUGUUUUGGUUUUGUUUUGAUGAGGAAUGGUCUUUAAGACUGUCAUUUGAUAUUUUUUAUAUCAGAGUUUAUCCCAUAGUCCCCAUCACUCCCUCCUUCCCUCCCUGUCUCCUUCUCUCUUUCUCCCUGUCUGUCUGUGUCUCUCUGGUUUUUCUUUGCUUCUUUUUCCCCUUCUGGUUUCUGGUAGCAGGCCUCCAUUGAACUGUUGUAAAACACAGGAAGUGUGGUCAGUAAGGAGAGUUUUGGUGGUGCCUCCCAGCCUACCCGCCAGACCAUCCUAGACACUCCCAGAGGCUGCUCGUCCCUCGGGCAUGGCUUUCACUUACAGUGGCUUUGGAGGCCAUUUUGUCUUGAAGUCAAUGCAUGCUCUUGCUGUUCGACAGUAACCUACUCUGCCUUCUCCACAUCCAAGGCUGUGCAUUCGUCCAAUUAGUGUCAUGAAUGUUUCCCCUUUAUUUUUUCCAAUAAAAAAAGCAGUGGGAUGAAAAUUGCUUUGAUAUAUAGCAGGUAUAUUGAAGCUAUUCCAUAGCACUUAACUGUAGUGAAUACUGUGUCACCAGUUCUGAAAUCAAUUUAAUGUUUAAUGCAAAUCCAUUACAUGGUGCUAUUACAGGCUGACAAAAUGAUUCACACAAAUGUGACAACUCGGGCUCAGUUCACUCUGCUUCCCAACAGUGUAAAUGCAUAGCAGUGUUUAUCUGCAUGAGAACUAUGCACUAAUCUAUCUGAAGAAAAAAAAAAACACUAUAUCAACUUUGGUAUCUACUUUCCGUUUACUUCAAUCCUUGCCUUUUUGGUCAUUGUUAUAAUGCCAGCUUUAGGACAGAAAGAAUUAUAAGAAAACCAGCAUAAUACCUGAUAUAUUAAAAUGUAGUGCCUGUGAAACCUGUAUUAUACUGCUCUUCUGAAGUAAGAUUUUUCUACACCGGUAGCCUUCGCUGUCUGUCAGUCAGGACCUCUGGUAUAGGUGAUGUAAAAUAACCGUACAAUAUUAUGCAUGCUAUCCCAUAAUGCUUAGUGACUGUAUGAUAUUACUCAGAGUUCUGUUAAACUUUUUUUUCUGCCUCAGUUCUUAUCAGCUAGGUUUGAGGUAUUUCACUGAGAACGUGAACUCGGUCUUCCUUCCGGCUGUCUUCAGGAUCUUGGAGGUGUACACUUACUUAAAUUCAGUAUUACUUGUAUUUGUUUUCAUUUUUUGUUUUGUUUUUUUUGUUUUGUUUUGUUUUUGUUUUCUUUUGUUUCUCCUAAGGGACAAGCAUGGGUGUUUGAUUUCAGAAAUCAGUAUCUGAUGAGAUUUUUGUCUCAAAACUACCAUUUGAACUUCAAGAACUCUGCUGUGAAACCACUCUGAGAAUGUUUCCAAGUGAGAGUCACUUUCUUGACCCUCGACAGAAGCUAGACAACACUGAAGAACCUUAAUGGACAGUGUACCCAUGCUUGAUCUGUCUCACACCAGACUUCCUCAUAGUAAAAAAGAAAAAAAAACAAAACAAAACAAAAAAUCUUUAAGAAAUCACGUAGCUAUUUAGUUACAUGCACAGAUGCAAUAUUUUCUUCAGAAAUAUAACUCUGUACAAACUUUGGGCCCGAUUCAUAAGAAAGAAGUUUGCUAUUAACACGGGAUUUUAAAAGUAUGUUCUCUCUCUCUCUCUCUCUCUCUCUCUUUCUCUCUCAAUUUACAUUUGAAACCAUUUGCUUCCCAAAUUGAGUAUUUCUUUUCUUUAAUUUUCCCCCUGAACCAGCACCCAUCUGCCUUUCAUUCUCCCAAGGGUUGCAUUAAUAAAAUUGGAGGGAUACUCUAUGGGAACUGGAACCCAGUGGGGCUCACAGGCUAAGGGUAACUUUAGUAUAGGAGUACAGCACAUGGAUGCACCCCUUCUGUGUGUCAGGCAUCCUACACGUGGACUCACUGUGCUGUUUGGGCUGAAACACUAACUUUGUAAAAUGUGUCUGGACCACAAGAGUAUACAGGAGAAGUGCUACCUCUGAUCUAACUAGAGCAAGUUGAUGGCAGAAAGUAUCACAAACUUUAAAAUGUGAAGUUUCCUGUCUCUCCAGUGGUUUCAAAGGCAAGUGGUGUCCAAGAAACAGACCAUUCUUCCUGUUCUUCAACACUCAGCUUUUCAAAGAGCCUAAAGCUUGUUUGCUCUUUGUUUUGACUGCAAAUUGUAUUGCUUUUGUUUUCUGGGUCUUUGUUUUUGUUUUUGUUUUUUUCUUGGCCAUGGUCUGUAAAUUUGCUUUUUUUCUUUUUUAACCUGUUAUUGUCCGCUAAAGGUCUUAGGCAUCUGGCCAUGUCAGGAUGCCGUGAAGGAGCCUCCAGCUCUCUUCUCCUUCAGACCAUUGUCUCUCCACUGAACUUGGCUGCCUCGCCACCGAGGUGCCAGCCAGACCAGAGGAGUGUCAUCAGGUCCCAGCAGGUCCCAGCAGGUCCCAACAGGUCCCAGCAGGUCUUUAGGAAGACUGUCAAGGCCAGGCCAGGUCCAUGGUUCCUUUUCUGCUUCUCCCACAUACCUUUCCCAUCAUCACACACAGGAAAAAAAAAAAUGUCUGCUCAGAGUGCCUCUGUUUUCUUUUUAAAUUGUGGGGGGAAGGAUUAAAAACUUCAAAUGAUGGAAAACGAGAUCUCUUGUGAAACGAAACGCCCCGUGUUAAUAACUUGGUCUGAAAUUGUUUUUAUGAGCCGGGCCCCCUGUGCCUCUAGCAUAUUUGUAUUGACUCUCAUAGUUACCCUUUUUGUUUACUGUGUUCUGUGAAAACUUGUAAUUGGUUGAGAAUCACUGUGGGCGUCCAUUCUUAUCAACUAAAUCUCCACAGGGUUUUUGAGCUGGUGUGGAUUAGUUUAACUCUUGUAUUCAACCAUUAGUGCUACCACCUUCUCACAUUACAAUACAAUUACUGGAAGCAAGUACUGCAUUUCCUAUGCAACAAAAAAGGAAAAAUAAAAAAAAAAUUGCUAAUGCUA